AUGUCAUGUUCCAUAUGUAACAACGAUUGGAUGAUGAUUAGUGUUUCAAACGAUGAAUUGGAUUCGAAUACAAAUAAUGCUUAUUUACAGCUCCUAAGAAAUAUUAUUAACAUUACACAUGAAGUAGAUCCCGAUUUAGAAUCAUCAAAUGAUCGGUCAGAAGAAUUACGUGAAGUCAGCAACAAGUUACGUGAGCGUCUCCUGAAUGAUGAAAAGCAGGCAGACAGUCUAAUCACUCGGAUACAUUCGAUCAAACGUAAAAUUAGGCAAUUAAAUGCCUCCAUUGAAAAAUACAGGUCAACUAAGAAUGCAUACAUGAAACCAAUGGAAUCAGAAAGUAUUUCUUCUGAUAGUUCAUCAUUUUCACGUGAAUAUGAAAAUUCAAAUUUAACGCAAAUAUAUAAAUUAAUUCAACCAUUUGAACGUCUACUUGGAAUUCAAAUACAAAAAACACAUUGUGGAUUACUACAAUUAUUGUUUCAUGGUUGUACAACUACCGACAUUGUUUGCUGUUGCCAGUUACGAUUUAUGGCUGGCAAUCGCUUUGAACUUGUAUUAUGCAAUCCACCUAUACCUGAUGUGGAAAGGCUUGUUAAUCAUUUAAAUUGGACAGAAGAUAUGCGAAGCUUUAUCAUUGUCUUAAGACAACGUUUUCGUCAUUAUUUUCAACUGGCUGCUGCAGUUUCUAAUAAACUAGGCAAUGAUUAG